AGGAAGGUUUCAUUCAACAUCGAAAAUGGCAGAUUUAUUAAUAAUCAAUCGGUCAAACUCUGCCUCCCAAAUCCCAAAGUCCAAACCUUUUCCUUCUUCUUUCUUUACAAAUUCCAACAAUCUCAUUGUCUCCAAAUCCAUAAGUUUCUUCGAUCCUCUCUGUCUCUAGUUACAGUUCACAAAACCUUUAACCAAACCCAUCUUCGUGUACUAAUCUAAGCUCUAAAAAACAAAUAAAGUCUCGAUCUUUCUCAGUUUUGCUCUGUUCUGCUCUGUUUUUGCUCUGUUUUUGUAAUGGCUUGUUUCUUGAAUUGUGUUCGAUUUGAUGUAUCUACGACGACCACCGACAAACCCAGAAUCGAAGGAUCUGGUGUGACUUGUUACAAUAGCUGGGAUGAUGUGGAGACUCUUACUUCUAAUUUCUCUAGAUUGAUUGGUUCUGGUGGCUAUAGUAGUAUCUACAUGGCUCGCUUCUCUGGCUCUGACAAAGCGGCUCUUAAGGUUCAUGUUAGUAGCCACAGUCUUUAUCAGGUCUUUAGACUUGAGCUUGAUAUCUUGCUCCGUCUUCAACAUCCUAACAUUGUCAAGCUUCUCGGCUAUUUCGAUGAUUCAGAGGAAAAUGGUGCUCUUCUUCUUGAGUAUCUUCCCCAAGGGAAUCUACAAGAGAAGCUACAUAGCAGCAGCAAGCAAGUCUUGCCAUGGAGGAACCGUACCACCAUUGCGUUUCAGUUAGUUCAAGCUAUUGAACACAUUCAUGAGAAAUGUACACCGCAGAUUGUGCACGGGGACAUCAAAUCGUCUAACGUGCUCCUAGACAAGAACUUUGAUUGUAAGCUUUGCGAUUUUGGAUCAGCUAAAGUCGGAUUCUCUUCGAUGGUUCAGCCUCCCACGAUGUCGACUAGAUCAAGACAAGUGAAAAUGGUGGGAUCACCGGGUUAUACAGACCCUCACUACUUAAAAACCGGGAUUGCUUUGAAGAAUAUGGAUAUGUAUGGGUUUGGUGUUGUUGUUCUUGAGUUGGUUUCAGGAAAAGAAGCGUUUUCUGCUGAGAGAGGCGAGAUGCUGGUGCAUAUAGCCGCUCCACUGAUCCGUGAAGUUCUUGAUUCGAGUGUAAACAUCGCAGAAGACAAGGUGAGACAGUUAUUGGACCCGAGGUUAGCAAGGGACAGUGUUGAUAUCGAUGAGUUAAAGACAAUGCUGAAUGUCGCUGCACUUUGUAUUGGUAACUCACCAUCUCUACGACCUUCGGCCGCACAAGUGGCUGAAACACUUACUCAGAAUAUCCCAUCUUUGAGUUUCCUCAGUUGUGGUAAAGGCAUAUGAGUUAUUGGUAUCCAAAUUUUUCGAUGUAGUUAAGUUUUUUUGCGUGAUAGGGAUGCAACACUGUACAGUUGGUAUGCAUCUAUGAGUUUCUUGGAAGAUCAGCAAGAUGAGUUACCAUGUAAAUACUCUGUUUUGUUAUGUGAAUAGCAGCAAAUAACAUUUUUGUGUAAUUAUUUUUUGUAUCAACAUUUCCUAGGAAAAGUGUUUUUUGAUCGUUGUUUUGUUUGACAAUCUUUGAGAGAAAGGGAACUUCUGUUCAUGUCAAUGUAUUGUAAAGUCAAGCUUAAAGGUGAAGCAUGACACUGUAAAGAUGAAGCAAAGGUUUAUGUGA